AUGGGUAAACCAAGUGGGAGUGUCAAAGUGUUUGUAAAAGGUUCGGAUUUUCUUUUCGUAGAGGGUGAAACUAAUUCAGCCGUUGUCGAGUUUAAAGCCUAUUCCGCCAAAGCUGCCUUGGAAUUGUUGGCUUUCGUCUCAGGGUGUAUAGUCAUUGUGGAUGUAGCCGAGAGUAGUUUGGAUGUGAGAAUGUCCCAACUGCUUCUGUAUCGUUGGUUGUUAGGAUCAUUAGGGUCAAUGUCCGGAGGAAUAUCAGGCUCAAUUGUUGGGAUUUCCGGUUCUCCUCCGGUUGGGUCGAAAGGGUCAGGGACAAAAUCAGGCUCUGGAGCAGGGUCGUUUUCUCCGGGUUCGGGAAUGUUUACUUCUGGGUUAAGAGAAAUUGAGCAAGAAAAAUUAAAACCUGCUUUCUCCAAAGAAAAGCAAGAAGCAAGGAUAAUUAACUGUCGAAUAAGUAAAGGAAAAUUAACAACUCAAUUAGACGACGGAAGGGAAAUAAGUAUUCUGGUUGAUUUGCUUACUAAAAAAAGAAUACUGGGGGAGAAUGUGAAACCUGAACAAUUAAAAAAUCCCGAACUACACAAUGAAGGAAGAUACAUUUAUUUUCCGGAAAUAGAUGAGAUUUUGCCAGCUUGA